ACAAAAGGAGGAAGUAUCCCACCAAAACACAAGUGGGACAGUUAGCUCUUAUCUGUCUCUUUUUUGCCCUAGACUCUAGAGGAAAUGUCUGUCAGAGUCAGCGACUACAUCCGACGGUUUGCGGCCGCCGGCGGGACUCAACUGAUCCUCUAUUUCCCGUUGUAAACCAGGGAAAUGAAAACAUCAUACGUCUUUCGCAGCAAACCCACCAUUGAUUUCUAGUCAAACACAAUUUCACACACGCAACUCUUUCUCGCUUCCCAAACACCAGAGCAAACACCCUCAUAUAAGAGCAGGUUUAGUAGAAGCCUCGCAACUUUGUUUUUCCUUAUUGUUUUUCAUCCGGCUUCGAUGUCUAAUCCGUCCCUUCUCGUCCCCCCAAUCCUAUGUUUAUUUUUCUUUGUAAAUCGUUGUCUUUCCGAUCCCAGAGCUACAGAGGCUGCUCUUAUAUGCUCCAAAAGAACUGCCCCAGAGGCAGAGAGGCAAACCUUCGUAGCGAGCUUUCUGGAAUCCAUGGACACCGUGACCCCUCUGAUUGCCACCCAAAGAUACGCGGCCGUUGUGAACGGCACCGGCAAUAACACGGUUUACGCUUUUGGUGAGUGCAUGAAGGAUCUUUCACAAACGGACUGUAACGUCUGCUUUGCCCAGUGCAAGACCCAGGUCCUCAGGUGUCUCCCUUUUCAACGAGGCGUCCGUGGCGGCAGGCUUUUCUAUGACGGAUGUUUUCUCAGGUACGAUGACUACUAUUUCUUUACAGAGACUAUGAGUUUGGAAGACAGGACCGUGUGCGAGACCAAAGAUUUCGUUGGGAAUGAUACUGUUUUCAGCGCGAAUGUUAAGCAUUUGGUGAGGAAUCUGAGCGUGGUAGCGCCUAAGAAUGAUGGGUUCUCUGCGGGAUCUGUGACCGAAGGAAAUAUCACGGUUUUUGGGUUGGCUCAGUGUUGGGAACUUGUUAAUGGUACUGCUUGCGCGGAGUGCUUGGCGAAUGCGUCGGCUAAGAUUGGGUCGUGUGCUCCAAAAGAAGAAGGAAGGGCUUUGAACGCUGGUUGUUACUUGAGGUAUUCGACCCAAAAGUUCUACUUCAAUUCGAGUGAGCCUGUUGAAGAAAGUAAUCGAGGGCGCCACUUGGCUGUAACUUUGGCUGCAACAUCUUCUGCUUUCGCUUUUGUGCUGGUUAUAGCAACGGUUAUUUUCAUUUUGAGGAAGAAUGUGCUGAAAAAGAGGAGAGAGAGAAAGCAACUAGGUGCUCUCUUAGCCACGGUGAACAACUCCAAACUCAAUUUUUCAUAUGAAAUUCUUGAAAGGGCCACAAAUUACUUUCACAAUUCCAAUAAGUUGGGACAAGGAGGAUCUGGUUCAGUUUACAAAGGAGUUUUGCCAGAUGGGAAGGUUGUUGCCAUCAAGAGGCUUUUCUUCAAUACAAGGCAAUGGGUGGAUCAUUUUUUUAAUGAAGUCAAUUUGAUCAGUGACAUCCAUCACAAAAAUCUUGUUAAGUUGCUAGGAUGCAGCAUUACAGGCCCUGAAAGCCUUCUGGUUUACGAAUAUGCGCCGAAUCAAAGCCUUCACGAUUACUUUUCUGGUAAAAAGAAUGUUCAGCUGCUAAGGUGGGAGCUGAGGUAUAAGAUCAUACUUGGUACAGCGGAAGGCUUAGCCUAUCUUCAUGAGGAAUCGAAGAUAAGGAUCAUUCAUAGAGACAUUAAAUUGGGAAAUAUCCUGCUUGAUGAGGACUUUGCGGCAAAGAUUGCAGAUUUUGGACUUGCUAGGUUAUUUCCAGAAGAUAAGACUCACAUCAGCACUGGCGUUGCAGGCACACUAGGUUACAUGGCUCCAGAGUAUGUUGUUCGUGGCAAACUGACUGAGAAAGCAGACGUUUACAGUUUUGGUGUUCUUGUAAUUGAAGUUGUAUGCGGAAAGAGAAACAAUGCCUUCUCUCAGAGUUCAUAUUCUCUCCUACAAAUGGUUUGGAACCUUAAUGGAACGGGCAGGCUCUCUGAAGCUGUUGAUCGAGAUUUAGAGGGUAUGUUUCAAGAAGAGGAGGCAUCUCGAUUGCUUAAAAUAGGACUACUAUGUGUACAGGCUUCUGCAGAGCUGCGGCCAUCAAUGUCCACAGUUGUGGAAAUGUUAACUGAUGACAGUCAUGAAAUUUCUCAGCCAACACAGCCACCGUUUCUUAAUUCUAGUAUUGCAGAGAUCCACCAAUUUAUACCACCUAGAACUUACAGUUUUCAGCCCGGGUCCCAGUCCCAUUCUUCAGGGAAUAACAUGACGGAAAGUGGGAUUGAGCCCAGAUGAACACUUUCCUUCCUCACAUCUUGUACACUAUCCAUUCCCUUACCUUAAAACACUUACAAUUCUUGUUCAGUUUUUACACUGCAGGCAGGUGCUCUUCAUGUUCAGUUUUCACCAAAAGUCUCUCCAGGCCUCAAUUUCUAUUUUUUGGGUCCAAGCUAAACGUACCACCUACGCUUACCUUGCUCCCGCUGUGAGGAGCCACCAGAUCCGAACAAACUUAGCAAGAUUUUCAACAUUAGCUUUUAUAGUCUGGCUCUAUAAGAUCUAGCAUAAUUACAGGGAUUUGUAAUAUUAUCUUGUAUAUUGCCUUAUAAAGAUCUGUUUUGGAGAUAUAUAAAAAUAUAGUACUCAUCUCG